CUCUCUCUCUUUCAUCAUAUUUCAAUAUGGCUGCUCCAGGGGAAAGCCGUCCUUAAAUGUGAUUUCGGAUUAAGAAGCCUGCUGCCUUUCGAUGCAGACGAAUGAGCGAUGAACACCGUCCCGAAGACAUAGAGCGACGCCACUCAAGAUGAGGACGGCGCUGUGAAGAAGAAAUUACAGUUGGGAAGGAGUGAUUCUGGCUUCCAACGGAAUGGAGAGCGACUGCAGGAUCCCCAUCGUUUGCGUACGACCCAGAACCCUUGCCCUGAAUCUGCUCUUCUGGGGUGUGAUAUCGCUCAGGGUGUUUGGAGCUGCUCUGUUGGGUGAAGAGAGGAGCUCAGUGGACAAGACAGCCAGCACGCCAUGCUGGAAGGUGGAGGAGUUCAUGGUGAUGGCCAGGUGUGCUCAGUGCAGCACCUUCCAGUCGAAGUCAGUGCUGGCCUGCAGCCCGACGGGUUACGUGGAGAGGAUUGUUUGUGCCAAAUCCAACAGGGAUGAAUUCAAGAGCUGUCGCUCAUCCCUGUUGGAGGAGCAGCUCUUCUGGAGGUUUGAGGGCACGGUUUUGGGCCUGAUGGUGCUCUUCGCGCUGCUGGUCGUCCUGCGGCAGCGCUCCCUGGACCGCCUGGCCUCGGAGAAGGUCCGUCGGCAAAUCGAGUCCAUCUAGGGCCGAUGGGUUCCUGGUGGCGAACUGGACCACCCGACGCUGUCAGAAUCAGCUGCUGGCCUUUAGCUGCUGACGAGUCCAACAGCACCAGCUUCUUAUUAAAACUGGACCGGUCUGGAACUGAGAAGUCCAUCGCAGAGCAGGAAGGCAGCGUUUGGAGAAGGGGAGCCAUGACUGGACCUAAGUAAAGACUAAAUACAUGCAACUGCCUCCCCACCCCAUAAUAUAUCCUCAACAGUAUCUAGAUAUUACCAGGAUUUCACCAAUUAAGACAAGCCUGGGCAUGUUCUACCUAAGCUACAGUAAAUGGACUGUUUAUGGGAACCGAUCAAAUUAAGUACCCCUAUGCCAACUUCUCUGGAUAUAUAAGGAUGUCGUUUGUCCAGGCUAAAACGGAAAGACCACGUGAGAACCUCAGGGUGUCCUAAAGAACCCGAACACGGAUCCGGAUUGGCAUGCGGAAAGCGUUGUUGACGUGGAUCCUGAGUGGCUAAGGCAAUGCUAAUCAUGGGUCUGUGCACCAAUCAGGAACAGGGGCGGAGUCUCUCUGUCCUGGUUGCCUUAUCUGCAUGCGCUGUGUCCUAGAUCCAUGGGUCACUGGAGAGGCCAUGAUAACCAGGCACACAGGAAGCUGAUGGGAAUCAAGCUUUUGGCAAGUUUUUUUCUGUCGGUGGAACGAUCAUCUACUGACACAUCAUGGGAAUCUCUUCAUGCCUUUUGUUGCUGUUGUAUUACUUGACAUCAUUUUCCACUGGGAUGCUUCUGAAGGCUGUGGUUUUGUUGGAGGAAAUGGGCCUUUAAAUCCUCCCUGUCUCAUGUAGGGCAGUGGGUUUAACUUCCAAGAAUUUAGUCUGGUUCUUAAAAAAAUGUAAUUAAAGGGGUAUCCAUUCAGAAUCACUGCUGGUGUUUGAUGGCCUUGUGUUGCUUGAAGCUCCUGACGAUUUCCUGUUAAGUAUUGCAUUUUAAGUAUAAAGCUGUUUCUCCUCUGUCACUUAAAGUGCUGCCUUAAAAUAGUGUUAUCCUGUUUCUCAGCAUAGGACAGUGUUUAAUACUCCACUCUUGCACUGCUGAAACUGUCUUAACCCCCAAUCUGGUUUGGUAAACUAGUGUUGAGAGCAACUCUGGCAAGUGUUUUACAGCUGUUAUAUAUAUAUAUUACAUGUAAUAUAUAUAUUUCUGUGCUAUCUAAAUUGUUCUGGAGGUGAGACCAAAGAAUGGUUAAAUGGUUAGUGUGAAAGGGAAUCUUAAAAUUAAGGAAGAAGAUUCUAGUUUUAAGCAGAGUUGUGCUAUUUCAAAUUAUUUGCCUGAAAAAUGCACUGUUAUCAGGAACAUUUCUCAGAACCGUAAGACACAAUCUACGUGUAAAAAAAUGGUUACAGAUUUGUGUUUGAUCACAGAGAUGUUUGUUUUGCAUUUUUCGCUGAGGCUGUAUGAAUCUGGGAUCCUCGCUUUAGUGGUAAUGAUUUUGCCUUAGGGGGCUCAUAUAGAUUCACCAAGCGGCGGUACAUUUUGGAGCAAAUGCUUCCACCUGGGUUUCUCCGAGUUGGGGGAGCCAGGAAGCCGCUGGCUGUGUUGCUUCCGCCAGAAUGGAUCUCUUGAUGCUUUUUGUGUUUCGUGGCGACAGCCAUGCUUUGACAGGUUGCUUUGGGAGCCGACUGGUAGCUGCGCGGUUUGGGCAUCACACUGGGCAGUGAUUUAGGGCUCACGUUUAAUUGUGGGUUAGUAGCUUCCCACAUGGCUGUGCCGGGUCAGUGGGUGCAUUAGAUGGAUGGAUGACCAAGCACGGCUUGCUUGCCAAACUGUUUAUUAACCCCCUAACCAUCACUGCAGGGUUGUUUCACUAUCUCAGAAUACCUCAAAAUAUUACUCUGUUUUAGGCAGUCUAUUUACUUUCUGUGAUGUUUUUUUUUUGUAUGCUGCCUUGUGAUGGGUUGGCGUUGUGUCCUGGGUUAUUCCUUACCUUGCACCCAUAGUUUCUGGGAUUGGCUCGGAACCCCACAACCCUGCAUAAGACAAGCACGUAUGGAUGGAUAGAUAGAUGGAUGGAUGGAUGUAAGCUGCUAAUGCUGCUAAGUUAAUUUGUCUUGCGAUUUCAGGCCUGUUCUUUUACUAUGAUGGAUUUUAAGUUAUUUAACACACACCCUCCCCCCCGACAGACACAUUCACACACACAGCAAGCACCCCCCCACCUCCCCAUUCUCUAGUGACUUACCAUUUUGUUACAGCUUGAAAAGCAGGAGAAAAGUGCACAUGCUGUUAUAGACCAGCAGCUAAUUGGGGGGGGGCAUUCUGUGACAAUAGAUGUAUUUGGCGAUAAAAAUGCAUUCUGACAUUUAAUUUUUAAAAUGGUAUUGUACCUGUUGUUUCCUGUAAAUAAUGCAUUUUAUGGAUGAUCUGGUAUUUUCCGGUGACAUGAUGAUGAUGAUGAAAAUGAUGAGGGUGCAAAGAAUAAAUUUUUUGUAUGGAAAAAUGUUCUCUGUCA